UCCGCUAAUUCUCUUUUCUGCGAAGUUUGCAUCUUUUCUUGGCGGAAAAGGUUUACUCCAAUUCUCAAUAACACCAACAAAACAUGAGAAAUAUGUAAAAUAAUAUUCCGCAAAUUCGGAUCACUCCCUUGUUAGGUUUUCUCUAGGGUUUAUUACAACAACCCGGCAAAGAAAUCAAAAAAGAAAUUUAAAGCAUUACUUUUUUUCAAUUCCCACGCUCCUUGAAUCAAUAAUUUGGUUUCACCUCUGAAUUUUUUUUGGGGGAAAAUUCGAUAAAUGGAAGCUAGAGUUGGGAUGUCGGCGCAUGGAGGGGUUGUGGAUGGUGGUACAUCUACCAGGAAGUUAAUACACCAUCAACAUUCGCGGCCGAAACGGCAGCAGCAGCCUGUUACGCAGAUAGGAACUGUUCCUCAACUCCUUGCCGGUGGCAUCGCCGGAGCUUUCAGUAAAACCUGCACCGCUCCUCUAGCUCGCCUCACCAUUCUCUUUCAGGUACAAGGUAUGCACUCUGAUGUUUCAGUAAAGCCUAACAUAUGGCGUGAGGCCCUACGUAUUGUCAAUGAGGAAGGCUUUAGAGCUUUCUGGAAAGGGAAUUUGGUUACAAUUGCUCACCGGCUUCCAUAUUCUUCGAUCAGCUUCUAUGCUUAUGAACGCUACAAGAAUGUUUUAAAAUCUAUUCCAGGACUUGAUGGUUAUGGGGAAAAUGCAAGUGCAGAUGUUUUUGUGCAUUUUGUUGGUGGUGGUUUGGCGGGAAUGACAGCUGCUUCUGCUACAUAUCCACUGGAUCUCGUCAGGACACGGCUUGCUGCACAGAGGAAUACAAUAUAUUACCGGGGCAUCUGGCAUGCGCUUCAUACCAUAUGCAAAGAUGAAGGUUUCUUUGGCUUGUACAAAGGACUCGGAGCAACAUUAUUGGGCGUUGGACCCAGUAUAGCGAUUAGCUUUUCUGUUUACGAAAGUUUGAGAUUCUAUUGGCAUUCCCAAAGGCCCAAUGAUUCUGUUGUAGCAGUCAGCCUUGCUUGUGGCAGCCUUUCAGGCAUCGCAUCAUCAACAGCAACAUUCCCUUUGGAUCUUGUGAGGCGAAGAAUGCAACUGGAAGGGGCUGCUGGUAGGGCCCGAGUGUACAAUACUGGGUUGUUCGGGACAUUUAGGCACAUUAUCCGUGCGGAAGGCUUGCAUGGUCUGUACAGAGGUAUUAUGCCUGAAUACUAUAAGGUUGUUCCAAGUGUCGGGAUAGCUUUCAUGACGUAUGAAACACUGAAGACACUACUGUCACAAGGGCCUUUUAGUUCUUAAUCUUUGCAUCUAGUUAAGGAUCUUCCUCCAUGAAGUUUGUAACCCUUGUUUCACCAAGCUAGGAUGUGCAGUAAGGAUCAGUUUUGGUUAAAAUACAAGGCAAUUAGAAUUAGUAUGCAAAUUUUCCUCGUGUUCUUGAAAAAUUAUGCGGUGGUAAAUUUUAAGGUGGCUACCAUGAAUUUUUUUUCGAUGUAUAGGCUUACUUGAUAUCAUCUUGUCUCGCGUCAGUUUUAUCACUCGUAAUAUGUUUUUGUUAUUUUUAUUGUUCUA